AAGUGCUAAAGGAAGGAAAGGAGACAGAAGACAAGAUACUGGAAAUCUGAAGCUGCAUCCAGUUCUGCCUUCAGGACCUCUUGCUCCUCCUGGUGAGCAGAAAUGGGAGACUGGAGUUUCCUGGGAGAGUUCCUCGAGGAGGUCCACAAACACUCCACAGUGGUGGGUAAAGUCUGGCUGACCGUGCUCUUCAUCUUCCGGAUGCUGGUGCUGGGUACAGCAGCUGAGUCCUCCUGGGGGGACGAGCAGUCUGACUUCAUGUGCGACACCCAGCAGCCUGGCUGCGAGAACGUCUGCUACGACAAAGCUUUCCCCAUCUCCCAUGUCCGGUUUUGGGUCCUGCAGAUCAUCUUCGUCUCCACCCCAUCUCUGGUGUACAUGGGCCACGCGAUGCACACGGUGCGCAUGGAGGAGAAGAGGAAGAUGAAGGAGGCAGAAAUAGAGGCCCAGGAGAUGAAGAACAACGGUGACACAUAUUACCAGCAGAAGUGCCCCGUGGCAGAGAAGGCUGAGCUGUCUUGCUGGGAUGAAUCGGGAGGCAAAAUCAUCCUCAGGGGCAGUCUGCUGAACACCUACGUCUACAGCAUUUUGAUUCGCACUGCCAUGGAAGUGGCCUUCAUUGUGGGACAGUACAUCUUGUACGGGAUCUUCCUGGAGACCCUGUAUAUCUGCCAGCGGGCACCUUGCCCCCACCCUGUCAACUGCUACGUUUCCCGUCCCACAGAGAAGAACGUCUUCAUCGUCUUCAUGCUGGCUGUGGCAGUGCUCUCCCUGUUCCUCAGCCUGGCUGAGCUCUACCACCUGGGCUGGAAGAAAGCCAAAGAGAGGUGCUCCCGGUCUUACAAACCCAGCCCCAGCACAGCCCCCGGCAGGUUGGAGUCCGCCCCACAGGUAGAAAGGGCCCAGAUGUACACCCCUCCACCAGAUUUUAAUCAGUGCUUGUCAAGCCCCAACGGGAAGUUCAUCAGCCCCUUCAGCAACAAGAUGGCCUCCCAGCAGAACACUGCCAACUUUGCCACCGAGAGGGUCCACGGCCAGGAGGAUGCUGCUGGUGAAGGGCCCUUCAUUAAGUCCAGCUACGCGGAGAACCCGGAGGUGGCCAAUGAAUGUGCGGCACCCGCCUUCCCCGAGACCUACUUCAAUGAGAAACGUCGGCUCAGCAAGACCAGCCGUGCCAGCAGCAAGGCAAGGUCGGACGAUUUGUCUGUGUGA